CUUGUCUCGGUUCGCAGACUGCUUGGCCUCGUGCUCCCGGCCAGAUGCACGAGGUAUAAAGACGCCAGCUGCAGCCCUGGUAGGCCCACCGCUGCAGCUCUGUCAGUUUGCUCCUUUCUCCUUCCAAAUCAGCCAUGGAUGUUUUGCAUCGAUUCAGAAACCGUGCUGGCCAGGCAGAUGAAGUGGCCGCCCAGCCCUCCGAUGUCGAUGGUAUCAAUAUGGUGCCGGCCGACGACAAGAACCUCGAAAGCAACGUAUUGCCCAAAACCACCAUGACAACGGAUAUGGAGCAGAAACUCGAAGAAGAAGCCCCGACUGAAGAUGCUCAAGCUGGUGUCCAGGCCAUGGAGGCGACUUCGAUCGUCUGGUCCAAGAGGUCUCUGAUCUGCGCCUUUGUCGGCAUGUGGUUGGUAUACCUGUUGAAUGCUUUCCAAGGCUCGACCAUCGGCAACUUUGCGCCAUAUGUCACCAGCGCCUGGGACUCGCACUCGCUCCUGACCGUCAUUGGUGUCGUCUCCAGCUCCAUGACCGCCGCAGUUUUCAUUCCGUUGGCCAAGGCUCUGGACAUCUGGGGCCGCGCCGAGGGGUAUCUGACUAUGGUAGGCUUCUGCGAGCUCGGUCUGAUCCUCAUGGCGGUCAGUCACAACCUGUCGACCUACUGUGCUGCCAAUGUAUUUUACAGCGUUGGUUUCACCGGUCUUAUUUACAGCAUCGACGUCGUCACAGCUGAUGCCACCGCACUCAAGACUCGAGCUCUGGCCUACGCCUUCACCUCAUCCCCCUACAUGAUCUCGGCCUUUGCUGGGUCAUACGCUUCCGAUCGAAUGCUCGCCGAUAUUGGCUGGUCCUGGGGCUACGCCACCUACGCCUUUAUCACGCCUAUUGUCUGCGCUCCGUUGUAUUUCGUGUUGAGCUACAACCUCCGCAAGGCUAAAAAGCAGGGUCUGUUGAAGGAGAGAGUGGCGAGUGGCCGAACCUGGACGGAGAGUAUAUGGUACUACACUAAAGAAUUCGAUGUUCUCGGUGUGUUCCUCUUCGCCGCCGGCUUGAUCAUUUUCCUCCUCCCUUUCAACAUUGCUUCCAUCGCUCCUGACGGCUGGGCAACGGGCUACAUUAUUGCCAUGAUUGUGGUUGGAUUCGUGCUGCUGGUGGCCUUUGUCCUCAACGAGCUCUUCUGGGCGCCCGUUCCGUUUAUGAGGUUCAAUUUCUUGACCGACCGAACCCUCAUGGGCGCCUGUCUUCUGGACUUUGUCUACCAGAUUUCCUAUUACUGCUGGAACAGCUACUUUACUUCCUUCCUCCAGGUGGUCAACUACCUUACUGUCGCAGAGGCCGGCUACGUCAACAACACUUUCAGCGUCGUUUCUGGCUUCCUUCUCUUCUGUGUCGGCUACGGCAUCCGCAAGACGGGAUACUUCAAGUGGCUCUUGUGGAUUGCUGUACCGCUCUAUAUUUUCGCCCAAGGCCUGAUGAUCUAUUUCCGGAACCCGGACCCGUACGUCGGGUAUAUCGUCAUGACCCAGAUCUUUAUCUCGAUUGGCGGUGCUGUCUUCAUCAUAUGCUGUCAACUCGCCGUUCUGGCUGCUGUCGAUCAUCAAUCCGUCGCCGCCGCCCUCGCUUUACUCAACGUCACCGGAACCGUGGGCGACUCGAUCGGCUAUACUAUUUCCGGAGCAAUCUGGACAAACGUGUUUGAGAAGGCUCUCGAGAAGUAUCUUCCGGCGUCCGCACUACCGAACCUGUCCGACAUAUACAACGACUUUGACACCCAACUCAGCUACCCCAGGGGCAGUGCCACCCGGACUGGCAUUCAGAAAGCCUAUGCCUAUGCUCAGACUCGUAUGCUGGCAGCUGGAACGUCCUUUAUGGCUUUGGCUUUUGUUGCAGUAUUAAUGAUAAGGAACGUCAAUGUCGGCAAGAUCAAGCAGACCAAGGGCAACGUCUGGUGAUAUCUUGUUGGAAAAGCCCAAACGUUCCAGGGUUCAGCAGACUUGGACCUUGAAACGGAUCUUCUCAGACACGAACACAGCACUCUGCACCACCGCGAUCGUGCGUUUGCCUUGACUCGGCCGUUGACGUUUAUGGUCAUCACAAACAUAUGGGACGCAGUUCAUUGGGUAUCUGCUCUCUUGAAUGCCAAAUGGUCCCCCAAUUUUCCUCGGCUACGGGCUGCACCUCUACGUAAAUAAUAUAAUCAGCAGUCCUUGCCUUAGGCUGCCCUCAUCAUGAGGGCCAAUAAGUAUUGUCUCCAGCAUCACGACCAGGUUGCUCUCCGACUAUCCGUAGCUCAGGUCGAGAGUGACAUACCGAUAACCUCCACACAGUACGACGCUUGAAGCACCGUUGGUACCAGGAGUCCAAGACACCGUGAAGAGAUAUAAUGACCUCUCGGUUUGGAGGCCAGACUUCCGCAAAACCCAAUCUGACUCCCCAUUCUAGCCCGUCCACCACGUACAAAUCGUCACCCAUCAUGGCUUGCCCGUCGAGGCCGUGAUGCCGCCGUCCACCACGAUCUCCUGGCCCGUGAUGUAUCUGGCCUCAUCCGACAC